AUGGCAGGUUUCAAGAAAGCCAAGAGCCUCAAACGGGCCCGCUUCGACGAGGCCGACGACGACACUGGCAACGAUGUGGCGGCUGAGCGCGCUGUGAAGCCGGCGAAGAAGGCAAAGACUGCAUCCGCAACUUCUGGCAAGGACGAUGAAGGCAACUCAUUCUGGACACUCUCCGCCAAUCGACGGAUCGGCAUAUCCAACUUCAAGGGCAAGACCCUCAUCAACAUCCGCGAGUACUACACUGAUGCAUCUGGCGACCUAAAACCUGGCAAAAAGGGCAUUUCCCUCUCCCUCGAGCAGUAUGCCAGCCUGGUCAAGGCAAUCCCCAGUCUCAAUGCCGAGCUCAUUGAGCAAGGCCAUGAAAUGCCUGAGGCGGAAGCAGCAUCUGCACCGCAAGACACUGCACAUUCUUCUGACGAGGCAGAGGGUGCUGCACCUCUCGUGAAGAAACCGGCCAAAAAGGUGAAGAAGGCCAACAUCGAGGCGACAAGCGAUGAGGACGAUGACACCGAUUGA